ACGGGCAGGCGAGCGAUGGCCGCGGGCUGCUGUGCUCGGGUUCCGGGGCUCCUGCUGCAGCUGCUGUUGGCGGCGGCGGCGGCGGCGCUGUGCGCGGGGGCCGGGGCUCAGGACGGCCGCUGCGACUACUAUGAGUUGUGCCCGGCCACCCAGCCCUCUAUGCUCAAUGUGCACCUCCUGCCCCAUACCCAUGAUGAUGUCGGCUGGCUCAAGACUGUGGAUCAGUAUUACUAUGGAGCUCGAGAUAACAUCCAGCGUGCAGGUGUGCAGUAUAUCCUGGACUCGGUGGUAUCGGCUCUGCUGGCCGAUGAGUCCCGUCGCUUCAUCUAUGUUGAGAUCGCUUUCUUCUCCUACUGGUGGAAGCAGCAGACAGCCCAAAUGCAGCAGGACGUACGACGACUGGUCUGCCAGGGGAGGCUCCAGUUUGCCAAUGGAGGCUGGGUCAUGAAUGACGAGGCCACCACGUACUAUGCAGCCAUCAUUGACCAGAUGACUUUGGGGCUGAACUUCCUGAAAGACACCUUUGGGGACUGUGGCCGCCCUCGAGUCGCCUGGCAUAUUGACCCCUUUGGACACUCACGGGAGCAAGCGUCCCUCUUUGCCCAGAUGGGCUUUGAUGGCUAUUUCUUUGGCCGUCUGGAUUAUCAGGACAAGAAUAAGAGGAAGAUUCAGAAGGAAAUGGAGCAGGUCUGGAGGGCGAGUGCCAACUUACAGCCUCCUCAAGCCGACCUCUUCACUGGUGUCCUACCCAAUGGCUACAACCCACCCUCGAAUCUCUGCUGGGAUGUGCUUUGCUCUGACUACCCGGUGGUGGAUGAUCCCGACAGCCCAGAGUACAAUGCAGAAAUGCUGGUCAACUACUUCCUGAACAUCUCUACCAUCCAGGCCCAGUAUUACCGCACUAACCACAUUGUGAUGACCAUGGGGAGUGAUUUCCAUUAUGAAAAUGCCAAUAUGUGGUUCAAGAACAUGGAUAAGCUGAUUCAGAUGGUCAACGCUCAGCAAAGCAAAGGGAGCCUCAUCAAUGUCCUCUACUCCACCCCAGCCUGUUACCUGUGGCAGCUGAACAAGGCCAACCUCACCUGGACAGUGAAGCAGGAUGACUUCUUCCCAUAUGCAGAUGGCCCCCAUCAGUUCUGGACUGGCUACUUCACCAGCCGCCCGGCCCUCAAGCGUUAUGAGCGCCUGAGCCAUAAGUUUCUGCAGGUGUGUAACCAGCUGGAGGUACUGGCUGGGCCGUUAGCCUUAACGGGACCCUAUGGACAAGGCAGCAGUGCUCACCUCAGACAAGCCAUGGCUGUGGCCCAGCACCAUGACGCUGUCACCGGCACAUCCAAGCAGCAUGUGGCUGACGACUAUGCCCGGCAACUGGCCGCAGGCUGGGAGAAGUGCCAGGUGCUGGUGAGCAAUGCUUUGGCAAGCCUGAGGGGCUCCAAGGAGGAUUUUGUGUUCUGUAACCAGUUGAAUAUCAGUGUGUGCCCAUUGACCCAGACAGCCAGCCAUUUCCAGGCCGUUCUGUACAAUCCUUUGGCAUGGGGCAUCACCUGGACUGUGCGACUACCUGUCAAGGAUUGGGCCUACCAUGUGAGAAGUCCCAGUGGGCAGACAGUGCCCAGCGAGGUUAUCGAUGUAUUAUCUGAAGGAUCAGAGAAUUUCCGUCCGGAGCUGAUUUUUCCAGCCUCAGCACCUCCCCUGGGCUUCAGCAUCUAUUCAGUGACUCGUCUGCCCAGCAAAACACCGAAAUUCAGGGAUUGUUGCUCUACCUCUGGAGCCCAGAGGUUUAGCCAAAGCCUGGUCAUCCAGAAUGAGCACCUCCGGGUUACAUUUGAUCCAAACACUGGGUUACUGCAGGAGAUCGAAAACCUCGACCGGGGGUUGCGAUUGCCAGUCAGUCAGGCCUUCUACUGGUACAAUGCCAGCAGUGGGGACUUUAUGCACCCACAGGUCUCUGGGGCCUACAUCUUCAGGCCAGCACAAACAAAACCAUUUCUUCUGAGGCACUGGGCCAAUACCCGUCUGGUGAAGAAGGCCUUGGUGCAGGAAGUGCAUCAGAACUUCACUGCCUGGUGCUCCCAGGUUGUGCGGCUCUACCCUGGACAGCGGCAUGUGGAGCUGGAGUGGACGGUGGGGCCUGUGCCUGUGGGGGAUGACUGGGGGAAGGAAAUCAUCAGCCGCUUUGACACCCAGCUGAAGACCAAUGGGCGUUUCUACACUGACAGCAAUGGGCGGGAGAUCCUGGAGAGGAGGCGGAAUUAUCGGCCCACGUGGGAUUUAAACCAGACCGAGCCCGUGGCUGGAAACUACUACCCCAUCAACAGCCGCAUCUACAUCACGGAUGGGCAGAUCCAGCUGACGGUGCUGACGGACAGGUCCCAAGGGGGGAGUAGCCUGAGGGACGGUUCCCUGGAGCUGAUGGUUCACCGGCGACUACUCCUGGAUGAUAACCGAGGGGUAGGAGAGGCCCUAUUGGAGCCUGGGGACUGGCCUGGCACAGGACUGGUGGUGCGGGGCAGACACUUGCUGCUGCUGGACACAGUGGAGGCAGCGGCUGCUGGACACCGCCUCCAGGCCCAGAGGGAAGCUCUGGCCCCACAUCUGGUGCUGGCCCCUAUGGGGCAGGGCACCCCAUACAGCCCGGGGACCCCUGCACUCACACAGUUCUCCGGACUUCGAAGAGAGCUCCCCCCAGCUGUGCACCUGCUGACCCUGGCCCACUGGGGCCCCGACACAGUCCUGCUGCGCCUGGAGCACAUUUUUGAGCGUGAGGAGGGCAGCAUGUUCAACCUGUCCCAGCCAGUGACCCUGGACCUACAGGAUCUGUUCUCAGCCUUCACCAUAAGCCACCUGGAGGAGACCACUCUGUCAGCUGACCAGCCCCUCUCCAAGGCUACCAGGCUUCAGUGGAGGACCAGCACAGGAGGAGGCCCUGCUCCUGUGCAGCCGGCCCCCGCCCUGGACCCCUCUGCUGUCACCCUCCAGCCCAUGGAAAUCCGCACCUUCCUGGCCUCUGUCACCUGGAGCAAGGACAGGCACAGAUGAGGUUCUGAGCCCUGAGCUGCCCUGAGCUGCCCUUCGCAGACCUUGCUCUCUCUCCCCUGGCUGGACCAGAGUGCUGCGCCUUUGUACCUUGGGCUGGGCUCUCUAGGUCCUCAAAAAAAGGAGUUUCUUGGUUCCUACUGCUGCCAUCACCAGUGAAGACAUUAAAGUGUCCGUGACUGGGGCUCCCAGA